UCCCCAAUUCCUUUCUUACAGCACUGCGGAGUCGAACGGGACGAUCUAUUAUCAAUGGGAACUGGGCAAUCGAUCGACCUGGGAGAUACGAGGGAGGAGGAACAAUGUUCACCUAUAAGCGCCCCAAUGAGAUCUCAAGCACUGCUGGGGAGUCAUUUUUAGCCGACGGCCCAACAAACGAAGUCUUGGAUGUUUAUAUGAUCCAUCAGCAGCCUAAUCCAGGUAUACAUUAUGAAUACAUCAUACCGGGACCCAAUGUGAUCAGCCCUCAGGUGCCUCUUCACAGACGGCCAGGGGAGCCCUUCAAUGGCCAGCUGGAUGUGACGGAGAGUGUGAAUUACGAGGAGGAGACUUUGCGCAGGGAGACAGGGACGCACAUGGGCCAACCUGUGGGGACUUUCCCCAUAAUUCAGCCUGGAAGAUUUCCUUCCCAUCCGCCAGACAACCAGGUGCCGGCCGGACAGCCCCCUCGACGCAAUCGAGAUUACAACUGGAAGCAGAUUGGAACCACCGAAUGCACGGUCACGUGUGGGAAAGGUUCACAGUAUCCCGUCUUCCAUUGCGUGAACAGAAACACACAUGAGGAGAUCUCCGAAAGUUAUUGUGAUACCAGUACCAAGCCCAGUCCUGAAGAAGAACCUUGUAACAUCUUCCCGUGCCCAGCCUUCUGGGAUAUAGGGGAGUGGUCGGAAUGUAGCAAGACCUGCGGCCUUGGGAUGCAGCACCGCCAAGUCCUGUGCCGGCAGAUCUACGCCAACCGCAGCCUCACGGUCCAGCCUUAUCGCUGCCACCACCUGGAGAAACCGGAGACAACAAGUACGUGCCAGCUGAAGAUCUGCAGCGAAUGGCAAAUUCGGACAGAAUGGACAUCGUGUUCAGUGCCAUGUGGGGUAGGUCAGCGGACCCGAGAUGUGAAAUGUGUCAGCAACCUUGGAGACGUUGUGGACGAUGAGGAAUGUAACAUGAAGCUACGCCCAAAUGACAUCGAGAAUUGCGACAUGGGCCCUUGCGCCAAGAGUUGGUUUCUUACGGAAUGGAGUGACCGGUGCUCAGCUGAAUGCGGCACCGGCGUCCGGACACGUUCCGUCAUCUGCAUGACGAACCACAUCAGCAGUUUGCCGCUCGAAGGCUGCGGACACAACCGGCCGCCGGAAACAACCCCGUGCGACAAUGGCCCAUGUUUGGGGAAAGUGGAAUGGUUUGCUGGGAGCUGGAGCCAGGUAUGUAUCAGGUAUUGGAUACAAGUAUUGCAUAUCGUCUUGUUGCGCAGAGUCAAAGGACGUAAGAAGAUCAUCGACUGCUCGAAAUCCUGCGAAGGAGGUUUCCGUAUCCGAGAGGUGCGUUGUCUCUCCGACGACAUGACACCGGGGACCCAAUGUGACCCGCAGCUCAAGCCAGCCGAAAAGGAGCAAUGCAACACUCAGGAGUGUGUGCCUGAAAUAGAUGAGAACUGCAAGGACAAAUAUUACAACUGCAAUGUUGUAGUUCAAGCUCGGCUCUGUGUCUACACUUACUACAAGACGGCCUGCUGUGCUUCCUGUUUGAGAGUCGCGAACCGGCAGUCCGGGUUUCUGGGGCGCAGAUAACAUUGGCUCCAGGACUGGCCCGAAUUUCCGCCUCUUUCCCUGAGAUUGCUCAAAUUCGAAGAGAUCCUGUCUUCUGGAAAAGAAGUUUCCCACGUUGCUGGACACUUCCACGGUGCAAACAAUCCAUACCGGUCUGUUCUUAUUAACACAUUCUGUAUAGGAACUCUUUGCCCCUGGGAAACGUAGACUGAAAAGGCAGAGCCUUGGAGGAACCAUUGGGUGCAACCCAUUGCAAGUGGAUCCAGGAAGGCUUAUGGUGGUGACCCAUAUGGGAUCAAGCCUCGAGCUCAUGUGGGGCAGGAAUGGGACUCACCUGGUUGAAUAUGGCUCUUUUAAGGGUCUAGUGCUGCCAUUUGGAUCCCAUACGAUGCCCCAAUAUAAAAGCAGUCCUCACAAGUCAGAUUUUAAAAACCCGCAACCUUGAAAACAUUUUCUAACAAUGUUUUGAGCCGUCUCCACCCUGAAUCCACCCAUCUCUUUAUUUAUACCCUUCCUUCCCCCCAAAAUGGACUCGAAAUGGCUUACAGAUCAAAAGAGAUACAACUAAAACCACAUGUAGUCCAAAAA